UUGAUGAUGACAGCAUGACGACAGGUGGGCGAGCUCGCAUUGGUUAAUACCGAAUUGGUUGCAGACUGAUGGCUGGGCCGGUGCUUUCUAUUUUUAUCAGGAACGUCGUUGCUGGGUUUCCCCGAAAAGGUGCCAACAGGAACUGCAAGGAUCUAGAUUCGGUACUGGAUACUCCCUCAAUUCAUAGUAGUACUGGAUUGAUGCCCGAUAUAUCACUGCACGCUGAAUUUCAGUUGCUGGUCUGGAUCUGUGUAAACUUGAUUCCUUCAAGCACAAAGACCCAUACAGAUAGCAAAUUCCUCUCAUUGUUUGCUCCUAUAUUCUUUCCUAUACAAAUUCUUUUUCCCCUGAGCACAGCAGCAACAUGCAACCGACCAGCCGCCAGCUCGAACUUGAUCCAGAGUUGCCCAUCAACGACUAUGCCUACGGCCAUGAGAUACUCGAGACCUUCGAGACUUGUCUGACCGCUCCAGAUGCCCCCGACAACCGAUCCCAGACCCUGGCAGUUGAGCUUCGACGCACCUGCGCCGAGGCGCCGGGAGGCACCGACCAGAGGGGCAAUAUCAUCAAUAGCAGGGAGCUACUCGCCACCAUCUACAAUCUUCUGCCCUGGUUCAUCGAAGAUUUUCCUCACAAUGACGAGAAGCAUGACGUCUUGGCCAAUACGAUGGCUAUCUUGUAUCGGACUAAUGACUAUGUCCGUCAGGGGGAGGAGAACCCUUGCAAUUGGGAGGGGCUUCCGGGCUUUUCCACCGUGGUGAGAGAGUGGUACGAAAAUGACGACAUGACCGAGUGCAAAGCCAGCGGAGGCGGAUACCCAGACGAGGAAGACCUCUCGCAUUGGCGUAACUGGAUCGCGUUCCUCGCCCGGCUCGCCGUCAGGGGCGUCGAGAGUCCGUUCUACGGUUUAUGGAUCAUCAGGAAGACCCUGGAGGGAGGCGUCAAGACGGAGGACCAGACGACGCCCAUCGUCAAGGGCGACUCCCUGCUCGCUCGGCUCUGUGGCGUCCACGACUGGCUCGAAAUUGCGGGACCGACCAUCCUGCACCUACUCGCCAGUGUGGGUAACGGGAACGUCAUGGACGAGACGAUGGAGCGCGCUUACGAGCCUGGGAGGCUUUGUGGCGACGCCGUCCCCGCGUUUGGUGUGCAGAGGUGGAACUUUUGGAAGCAGAGGCUUGUGGAGAUCUCGGGCUCCCAGCUUGAUGACUUGGAGCUGCCUGAGGAGCAUGCAGUCCCGCUGUGUCAUGAGACUCUCGCAAUCAUGGGGAGGCUUGAACAGGCGGCUGGAAAUGUUUAAGGAAACGACUCGUCAAAGGAUUAAACGUGACUUGGAGUCGGAGACAACUGGAGUGUCGAUAUUCUUCCAGUAUCUGCAAUGGGAAUGGCAGGUAAUGAAGAUGUCUGCCUAUUUCCUUCUAUAUUGUUUGGGCCUGCUGGUACAAAUACUUGGCCUUGCACAUACGGGCACUAUGAAACUUCAAUGUUCAGGGGGAAACCUCAAUGUCAACACGACAGUAGAUCUGGACUGGGACGUGAUUUGAUAUUCUCGACAUAGAUCAGUGGAUAAUUUGCCUUUGAUUAUAUUGCCUCGAUCAGCCCAAUUGCAAAACUGGGACCUGAAAACCAUAAAGAAUGCUGCAUAUACAGAAGCUAUGCCUUGUUAUCAAGCAAAGAAACCCAUACCCAGGCGCCGUUGAAUUUUCACAAACAAACAAAAAGAAAAGUGGAAUAGCACCCAGCACAUGACCUUGUCACUCAAGCAAAUGAUACAGUCUCAGUAAAAGCCAGGUCGCUUUUGGGGCUUCGGGCAUGGGGCUGCUGGUACAUAGGGCCUGAGGCUGAAAUCGUGAUCUCCCCGACCAGUAGUUGGCAAUUUGCUGUCGUGCUGCAUGACUUGGAAGUCCUGCUUGUGGCCUUCCGUAUACACUGCCCUGACGGAUCCAGGGGGGCCACUCUUCCAUGGCCUGCUCUGCCCGGGAACCAGUGGCGUGUGGACAAUGGGCUUAGCGGCUGGGGGUGUAGUCUUGUUCCCUUUCCCUUUACUCUUGGGCGGAGGAGGAAUAUUGAUGGGCAGUUG